AUGCAUGCAACACAUUUUGAGACAUUCAGGAAGACAAGCAGCGUGUCAGAGAAUUACCUUCAGGCAGAGAGCUUUACUAAUACCUAACUUUACAGCUAGAAUUUGUUGUUUUUCUCAGCUACUGCUGACAUCAAACAAACUUACAAUGACAUUGGUCGGUCCUUCCUUCUUUAUCCUGGGUUUGAUUGUGGCUUCUGUCACAGCAAAUGAGGCAUCAACAUUGGGAAUGAGCACCACAAUUACAACUGAAUCUGGUGAGGCAAUGGAUGAUGAUAACAAUGCCUCUACACCCUUUACUGUACCACCCAAUAUCACCAUGAUCAGCAGUAUCUCCAUCAGUACGAUGAACACCACCACCAUCACCGGCACCAUCAGACCCUCAACAAAAGGUGAUGAAAAAAACCCCACCACAAGUGCCUCACCGUUCUCAGGCACACCUAAACCCAUCGUUCCUACUGGUAGCACAUUUACCACCAAAGAAAAAGAAAAGGAGAACACCACUAAGAGACCACCACAGGAGGCAUCAAGCGACAGCACCGGCAUUAUCAUCCUAUUUGUGAUCAUCAUUGUAGCUCUUGGUUUUGGAGUCGCCUGCUAUGUGGCACGAAAGAGAGGAAGGCGCUACUCUGUUGACUUUGCUUCCAGACCAGAUGAAAUCAACAUCCCUCUCAGCGCUGUGGAGCCAGAGUUGCCUGCUGAUACUGUAUCUCAGAACGGUUUGCAUACCUUUGCAGACACUCCUACAAAAGAGCCAGAAGAACCAGAGGAGAAACCUGAAGCACAGGAGAAAGCUAAGGCUGAUAAGUCUGAAACUGAGGCUGGUCCCAAUGCUGAGUCUGCAGCUCCGGCCACCUCUGACAAACCCAAAGAGGAUGUCGCUGCACCUGUGGAGCCGAACGUGGAGGAAAAAACUGAUGAUGAAGGCGCCGUCUCCAACAAGACCUCGGUGGAAUCGCUGAAGGAGACAAACGAGAACAACAGCAACAAUGUUGACGUCAGUCAGCAGAUGGAUCUGGUGUCAAGCAAACUCUUCUGGGACAUUCCUCUCGAUUCUCCGGUGUGAGACAUUUUGCCUCUCCGCCUCUGUUGCUGUUCUCCAGGAACUCGACUGAAGAAAGGCUCCUGUUAAGGCAGUGGAAAAGACCACUUCAGUUCAUAUUGUGCAAGAAAUCAAGCUGGCUCUGGCCUUCACAAUGGAAACAAAUGUAUUGUAACACAGCCGCUUUUUCAAAGUUAAACGUCAGCUGAGCUCAGCUUUUUAAUAAUUUACUGAUAACAAAUUUACUAGAUUUAUUAGACUAAAUGUUGAUAUUUUUGGUACAACUGAAACCCCCGUCCAGCCACUAAGCAGUAUACGAACAUUUAAUAAAUGGUUUAUAACAAAUUACAAUUUAGUUGUAAGCAUGUAUCAGUGUCACCUAUAAGUAGAAGAAGUAAAGUGUUCCGAUACAACUUUGCAUUAAGGUACAAAAGGUUUUUAAGUUGUUGUUAAUGAUCUUAUUAAUAGUUAAUGAUGUAAAUAAAUGGUGUUAUAAUACAAGUACUGGCAUUGUAUAGUCACGGCCAACUCCUCAAACCAAAGAGAUCCUUAAAGGUCCAAUGUGAAGGAUUUAGUGGCAUCUAGUUUCCCCUUCACUUCACCCUCUCUUUCCUAGCAUAAGGGAGAAAUUAUGGUGGCCACAAAACAAAUAAAAAACGUGACAGGCCUUGUCUAGAGCCAGUGUUUAGUUUGUCCAUUCUGGGAUACUGUAGAAACGCAGCGGUUCAACAUGGCAGACUGCAUAGGAAAGGACCCACGUCUACAUAAAAGGCUCAUUCUAAGGUAACAUAAACCUAGCAGUUCUUAUUUUUGGGGUGAUUAUACACAAAUAUUUUUUGGCCAUAUUCUGUAAAUAGAGCCCCUCUAAAAGUUCCACACUGGACCUUUAAUUGAAAGCUCACAACCUGGUAACCUGAAACUGAUCUUUACACUGGAGCAAAAUAUAGUUUUUUUUGUCACACAACAGUAUUUUUAGUACUCAUUUGUAAAAUAUCAGGAUAAAAAUGUAUAAAUAAACAAGACAAUGUAGGACUGUAUGAUUUGAUUCAGUGUUCCUGUAUCAAUUAAGGAUGCAAUGUUAUUUUUGUGGAUGCUACAUUUUGCUUUUUCAGUGCUAUUUUCAUUAUGGGUAUUAAAGUUUCCAUUGUGCAGAAAACUGUGAUGUGAAUGUUAUUUGAAUGUAUUAAAGAAAAGUAUUCUAA